CUGUACUCGUCGUAGGUGUGGCUACCGUCGUCGAGAAUAGAAUGGAGGAAGAAGAUGAAGUCGUCAUUUCGUCUUCCGAUUCCGAAGAUUCCAGCGACAUUUACGAGGAAGAGUCUCAAGAUUCAGAAGGAGAAUACGAAAAUUCCGACGAAAACACCGAGUGCGAAGACCUCGCCGCCGUUUUUCCUCCAUCCGACGCCGAUCUGAAAUCUAAGAACGUAAACGAUCUAUUGAGGGGAAAUCUAGUCGUGCAACGGCAGCCACUCCUUCCUCGAGUGCUUUCAGUAUCAGAAGGAGCGGCGGUUUGUAGGAAGCCUUUCAAGCCUCCGUGUUCUCAUGGUUACAAUACCACUGGUCAACUUUCACGUCGUCUUUCGGCUCGCAAACGCUUUGUUCCUUGGGGUUCUUCAAGUCCAGUUGUGGUUGUACUACCUACUAAGCUGAAUGCAUCUGAAAUUGAGAGAGAUGAAGAAGAGGAAGUUGUUUCUCUUCCACCUGAUAUUGAACCCUUGGUGUUGUGGCAACUUGAAGAAUCUGAUGAUGCAACGAAAAUUUCGGUGCAUCCAUUGCUUGUUCGAUUUCUUCGGCCUCAUCAAAGAGAAGGUGUCCAGUUCAUGUUCGAUUGUGUUUCAGGAUUACAUGGCUCGGAUAAUAUAAAUGGUUGCAUUCUGGCUGACGACAUGGGUUUGGGGAAGACAUUGCAGUCCAUUACUUUACUAUACACACUUCUAUGUCAAGGAUUUGAUGGGACUCCUAUGGUUAAAAAGGCCAUUAUUGUUACACCAACGAGUCUUGUCAGUAACUGGGAAGCUGAAAUUAAGAAAUGGGUUGGAGACAGGAUUCAGCUUAUAGCCCUCUGUGAAAGCACCAGAGAUGAUGUUUUGUCUGGAAUAGAUAGUUUCACUCGACCACGAAGCAUUUUGCAGGUACUUAUCAUUUCUUACGAGACGUUCCGAAUGCACUCAUCCAAGUUCGGCCAGAGUGGAUCCUGUGAUCUUCUAAUAUGCGAUGAGGCUCAUAGGUUGAAAAAUGACCAGACACUGACUAACAAGGCUUUGGCUUCAUUGACAUGCAAAAGGCGGGUUUUGUUGUCUGGGACUCCCAUGCAGAAUGACUUGGAAGAGUUUUUUGCAAUGGUCAACUUUACAAAUCCAGGAAGUUUAGGCGAUGCUGCGCAUUUUCGCCACUAUUAUGAGGCACCUAUUAUAUGUGGAAGAGAACCUACAGCUACUGAGGAAGAGAAAAACUUAGCUGCUGACCGCUCGGCAGAACUGAGUUCAAAAGUCAAUCAGUUUAUAUUGAGGAGAACCAAUGCAUUGCUCUCCAAUCACUUACCACCUAAGAUAAUUGAAGUAGUUUGUUGCAAGAUGACUACUCUCCAGUCGACUCUGUACAAUCAUUUUAUAAGCUCAAAAAAUCUUAAAAGAGCACUUGCUGAUAAUGCAAAGCAGACAAAAGUUUUGGCUUAUAUAACAGCUCUCAAGAAGCUCUGUAAUCAUCCAAAGCUUAUUUACGAUACGAUAAAAAGCAAAAGUCCUGGUACUAUUGGGUUUGAGGAUUGCUUAGAUUUUUUCCCUGCAGAAAUGUUCUCCGGGAGAUCUGGAGCAUGGACCGGGGGUGAUGGUGCCUGGGUCGAACUCUCUGGGAAAAUGCAUGUUCUCUCUAGACUUUUGGCUAACCUACGUCGCAAUACUGAUGACCGCAUAGUCCUUGUAUCCAACUAUACACAGACAUUGGAUCUUUUCGCUCAACUCUGUCGGGAAAGAAGAUAUCCUUAUCUGAGGCUGGAUGGAUCAACAUCAAUCAGCAAGAGACAGAAGCUUGUUAACCGGUUGAACGACCCAACAAAGGAUGAAUUUGCAUUUCUCUUAAGCAGCAAAGCAGGUGGCUGUGGGUUAAAUUUAAUUGGUGCUAAUCGACUUGUUUUGUUCGAUCCCGAUUGGAAUCCUGCCAAUGAUAAACAAGCUGCUGCGAGAGUUUGGAGGGAUGGGCAAAAGAAAAGAGUAUAUGUCUACAGGUUUCUUAGUACCGGAACUAUUGAAGAGAAGGUUUACCAGCGUCAGAUGUCAAAAGAAGGGCUUCAAAAAGUUAUUCAGCAUGAACAGACGGAUAACAGCACUAGACAGGGGAACUUACUUUCAACAGAGGAUUUAAGAGAUUUAUUUUCCUUCCACGGGGAUGUUAGGUCUGAAAUCCAUGAAAAGAUGAACUGCACCAGGUGCCAAAAUGAUGCCUCUGUUACCGAAAACAUGGAAGAAGGGAAUGAGAACAACGUUGAUGACAAUACUUGCCAGAUUGACCAAGAAGAUAUAGGCGGAUUUGCUAACGAUGCAGGAUGCCUUCACUCGUUGAAAAUCUCCGAGAGACAGGUGGGCACUCCGUUGGAGGAAGAUCUAGCAAGCUGGGGUCAUCAUUUUACCUCAAAGUCUGUUCCAGAUACUACACUGCAAGCUUCAGCUGGUGACGAGGUUACAUUUGUAUUCACAAACCAGGUGGAUGGGAAGCUCAUUCCAAUCAAAUCAAAUCCUAGUCCAAAACCGGAAGUAACCGAGACAGAUCGUAACCGAAACCAAGCUGUAAGUAACCGUGGCUUCAACAAACCGCAACAAAGACCUCGGGAACCGCUGCAGCCGUUAUCUCCCUACGAGACCAACAAAAGAGUGAAGUUGUCUACUUAUAAGCGUCUACACUGUACUAAUAACACUGAUAGUGCUCAAGUGAAAAUGCCUUUGCAAAUACCAAAUCAAGUUCCUGUGAACCACGAUGAUGAUUUUGUAUGAAAUUUAAAGCUUUUGAGCCUUCAGAGAGACAUAAUUGUUGUGCUAUAUUGUGUAUUAGUUUGGACAGUUUUGAUAGGCCCAUGUGGGAUUUGUUUUGAUAGGAACGCAUCGAUCAUUUAUGUUUCAUGUUCGUGUUAAGAAG